CCCAACAUGCCCAAAGAGAUCAGAAGAGUAGCACUGAAGCGUCAAGAUCAUCUUCAACAAUCCAUACACAUGGUUCAGCCGCCCAACAUGCCCAAAGAGAUCCGAAGAGUAGCACUGAAGCGUCAAGAUCAUCUUCAACAAUCCAUACACAUGGUUCAGCCGCCCAACAUGCCCAAAGAGAUCCGAAGAGUAGCACUGAAGCGUCAAGAUCAUCUUCAACAAUCCAUACACAUGGUUCAGCCGCCCAACAUGCCCAAAGAGAUCCGAAGAGUAGCACUGAAGCGUCAAGAUCAUCUUCAACAAUCCAUACACAUGGUUCAGCCGCCCAACAUGCCCAAAGAGAUCCGAAGAGUAGCACUGAAGCGUCAAGCAGUCAAUCCAACAUUCUGGCUUCUUCGUUGUUAGCAACAUCAUCAUCUUUCGCAGUAAGACCCAUUUCCGGAGUUGAGACACCCCAGUGCCAUACACCUGUUUCCAACACAGCCUCUAUCCCUAUUGACCUG